AAGACCCUCCCGCAGAGAAAAAGAAGAAGGAAGUGAAAAACCAACACUCGCCUUUCUCGGUUCGUCGGUCGAUUUGAUUCGAUUCGGUUGGAGAAAAACAUUUUCCUCGUAGCCGUGGUCUGCUUCGGACGGUCAGCAGUUGUUAUUCGGAACGUGAAUCAUCCAGCAAACCGCGAGUGCGAAACGUCGUCGUCGAGGACAAGAUGUAAUCUGGGUGCGAUCCGCGCGUAUUGAGUGUUCCAGUAAAAUUGAAACCAUCGAAGGAACUCCUCCGUCUGACUUUUUUCGGAUUCGUCGCCAUCGUCAUCGUCGGAAUUCCGUCUAUUUUCGCUAAUGAACUCGCACACGACGGAGAGUGUCAAGCAGAUUCCAAUCUCUCGCUAAUGUUGGUUGUGUAAAGAAAAAACUCGGUCGACGACUGGUUCCAGUGAAAUCCGCAUAGUGCCUGUCCCGGUCGAGACGGGAUUCCUGCAGCGUAGCUAACAAGGGGGCCCUGAGUGGAGAAGCUCGAUGUGGCCUGGCGGUUGAUAGGAGGAUCGGCAGCUAACAAGCAGCAGUGGUGCGAAAAACGCGAGGCGAGAAGUGUCAGUAUAGGAGUGAUUACGAUGGGAAAUGUGUAAAUUUGAUUCGAUGGAUCCCACCAGCAGUAGCAGCAGCAAGUUGAACGAAGAAGAAGUUACAUAGCGAAAAGAACUGCGAUAGGCGCACAUGGUGCCUCCGGUGGUGGUGGUGGUGCAAAAGUGACGUUGAAGAAACGUGGGUGGCGAACGUGGUGGUGGGUUACCUUCGAAGCAUCGACCCCGUGUAGGAAAGUGUCACGUUGUGGUCAACGUUAAGGAGCAAAGAAAAAAGUGGGACCACCCACGCCAGAAGAUUUGUAAAAAAAAAAAUCUGUACGAAGAAGUAGUGUAAAGAAAAUUGGUGAAUAAUCCCGCAAGAAAGUAGUGCACACAGAUCGCCCCCAAAAUGAGCUGGCUUCGGUCUAGCCCGCUGCGGCAAAGUUUUAACAAAGCCGGGAGCGGUGCCGGCGCCAGUGGUCGCGGUGGUAGCUCCAGUAACGGAACCGUACGGGCGUUCGACGCGUCCGAGUGUGAUCCGAAGGCGUGCUACGAUAGUUUCUGCAUACACUGGCAGCAGGCGUACGAGAUCAUUCAGCGGUCGGAGAACAAUCGUGGCCAAUCGCAUGAUGACGUCCUCGGGGUGGUCACCCAUCUGGAUCACAUGGUCACGUUGCUGCUGGUGGAGUUACAUCACUGCAAUAAGCUAAGCCUACCGGGAGCUCCGACACCUCCCGCGCCCUGUUUGGAGCACUUGCUGAGCGAGAACCUGCUGGACAAACUCUACGAAUGGGGCAUGAAAACCGGAAGAUACGCCAAUGCCGUCCGGUUAGAGCAGCUCAAACUGUACGAGCAGCUAGUCAGUCACAGCCGGCACCAGUUGCUGGUGCAUGAACCGUUUCUGCGGCCCCUGCUCAAGAUAUUGGCCUCCAGUCAGAACGAGAUCUACCCGCCGGACGUGGAGAAACGGCUGGUGAUUCUGCUCAACCAGCUCUGCGUGGUACUGAUGCAGAACGUGCACCUGUUGGAUUUGUUCUUCUUUUCGACGGCGCAGCAGAACGGGAGCGGGGGUCAUGCAAACUUCAUAAUCUUCUCCCUUCUAAUACCGUACGUCCACCGGGAGGGUUCCCUGGGCCAUCAGGCUCGAGACGCGCUCCUCCUGUGCAUGGCCCUGUCCCAGAAGAACUCCAACGUGGGAACGUACAUCGCAACAUACUCAUCGAUCUGUCCCGUGCUGGUUACCGGCUUGGGAGGAUUGUACUCGCGCUUGCCAAACCAAAUCGACAUCAAAACCAUCGAUUGGUACCGGAUAACAACGGACGACGUGACGGAACUGCAGGAACUGACACUGUUCAUGAACUCGUUGGAGUUUUGUAACGCAGUGGUGCAGGUGGCUCACAGCAUGAUCCGACAGCAGUUGUUGGACUUUUUGUACCAAGGGUUUUUGGUGCCAGUGCUGGGACCGGCCAUCCUUCAGACAUUUAAAGGUCGAGGUCAUUUCCAGACGAACGUGGAGUCGCAGAUUUCGGCCAUGGCCUAUCUGGAUCUGAUCGUACGCUCGGUAACCGAACCGGGCCUGAUACAGAUCGUCGUUAAGUUUCUGCUGGACGAGGAAAAGUUCGACGGCCAGCGGAUAUUGGACGUCCUGGUGGAGCGACUCAA